CUGCGCAGCGGUCCACAUUGGUUCAGUGUUUUGGAGCCUAAACCUGUGGGUCGGUGCACCGCGGUGAAAAGCAUGAAAAGUGAGAUCCAGCAGCUCUCAGGACGAGUGAGAGGAAGGUGCGCACCAACGAGCUGAACCCUCAGGGCGAGCACAGGCUGUCAAAAGGGAACCAUGUGCAGCUUCCUGAGCCCCAAACAGCCCAGCGGCCCCGGCCUCACUGAUAUGCAGCAGUAUCACCAGUGGCUCGCCAGUCGACAUGAAGCCAGCUUGCUGCCCAUGAAGGAAGACCUGGCCCUGUGGCUCACUACUAUUCUCGGUCUGGAAAUCACCGCUGAGAGUUUCAUGGAUCGCUUAGACAAUGGCUUCCUGUUGUGCCAGCUGGCUGAGACACUGCAGGAGAAGUUCAGGCAAAAUAAUGGAGACCUGCCUGCCUGUGGCAACAGCAAGCAGAGUAUUCCCAAUCGGAGGAUACCAUGUCGGCAGAGUGCUCCCUCCGGUUCCUUUUUUGCACGAGACAACACAGCUAACUUCCUGGCCUGGUGUCGUAAGGUUGGAGUUGGAGAAACAUGUCUGUUUGAGUCAGAGGAUUUAGUUCUUCAUAAGCAGCCAAGAGAAGUGUGCCUCUGUCUUUUAGAGUUGGGACGAAUAGCUUCACGAUACAACGUGGAGCCACCUGGCCUUAUAAAAUUGGAGAAAGAGAUUGAACAAGAGGAGAAAUCUCCUCCACCACCUCCAUCACCUGUAUCCCCGGCUCCGACCCUUCCUCCAUCUCCCUCAUUAUCUCCCUCCCCGUCUCCUUCCCCUUCUCCGACUCCUACCAAAGUCAGUUCCAGCAAGAAAAGUACAGGGAAGCUGUUGGACGAUGCUGUAAGACAUAUCGCUGAUGAUCCCCCCUGCAGAUGUCUGAACAAAUUCUGCGUAGAGAGACACUCACAGGGUCGAUACCGUGUUGGGGAGAAGAUGCUUUUCAUCCGGAUGCUGCACAACAAGCAUGUGAUGGUGCGUGUUGGUGGAGGCUGGGAGACGUUUGAGAGCUAUCUGCUGAAACACGACCCAUGCCGCAUGCUCCAGGUCUCCCGGGUGGAGGGUAAGACGUCCCCCAUUAGCAGCAAGUCCCCCAACAUCAAGGACCUCAGCCCUGACAGCUACCUGGUGGUGGCAGCCCACUACCGCAGCAAAAAGUGAAGACAUGAGACUGAAAGGUGCUAUUCAUAACAGGAUGGCUUGUUGCCAUUGUUUACUCCCUUAUGAACGUGCGUAUAUAACAUAUCCCUUUUCUUAUUAAUAUGGCUACAGACUCAAAGGCAUUCAUUGAGAAAGGAGAAAUAAGUCAAAUGGAUGUUUGUGAGCAGAUUAAGCCUGGAGUCACAUUAGUGAGCCCUCAACAAUGUGCUUUGUUUAAUUUUACAGAACUGAAAAAUAUG